AUGGCGCAGAAUCUUCUCUUCCUCGCCUUUGGCGUGUCUGCCGUACUUGCCCAAUCGACUUCCCUCGACUAUUGCCAGGCUCUGGUCGAUGUCAUGUCACUGUGCGAGGAACAAACCAGCGGCUUCACCCUGCUCCCGGCGACUUCACAGGCAUCUUGUCUCUGCACCAGCCAGAUCUCCACGUUGACCUGGGGUCCUCAAGAGUUUGACGACUUGGCUUCCUUGUGCGCAUCACAGUAUGCCACUAUCGACACCGAUAUAGCCAGUGAUGCCAGUGCGCUGGAAGGGUUUUGCACUCUGUUCGCGGGCGAUGCACAAAUCACUCCUUCCUCGCAAGGAGCAUCGGCGACAACUUCGGCUACCCCAGGGAAUACUAUCCAAGGGACUUCGCUCACGGAUUCUGGGUAUUCCACCGAUGCGGGUACGACUGCAACCCCUCCUGCAGAAACCCCUGCCACAACUCCAGCUCCUUCUGUGUCAUAUUCAGUGGUAACCGUCGGCGGCGCGACUCCGAGUGCAAAUCCCAAUUCCAACCCUGCGGCAAGAGUGGACCAUAAAGGGAGUGAACAGUUGAGUGGAGGGCUGCUGUUCGGUCUGUUGAGCUACCUGGGGUACUUGCUCGUAUAA